AUGACAGAAUUCGUCAAAAACUUGGAAGAAGAAGAGCAGGCGAUCCUCAUAAGAUUUUUGCAAAAUUUGGUGGAUCCUAAAUCUCCGGUGACAGUGGACAAUUUUAUGGGUACUAUUGGAACUGCUUCAAAAAAACUCCAUGGCAAAAUUAAAAAUGUUAUUUGUCAGUUACAGUGGAAAAUUCUCAUGUUUGAACCAGAAGCAAAAUAUUUUUUGCAUCAAGUAUUUCAUGAAGGAAUCGGUUUAUUACGAACUGCCAAGAAGAGUAAAAACACCUUAGAUAAUAAGCGAUUCAUUGGGAUAUUCCUUGAUGUAACGAAUAAACUAACUGAACAGUUCUUCCAAUUGAGUGCCAAAAAUCAAGAAGCAAUUAAAAGCGCCUUUCCUGGAUUAUUUAAGUUAACACAAGAGCUCAAAGAAAUACAUAGCCGCCUGAAACCUUGGGAAGGAAAUUCAAUGUUUCGUUGA